AUGGUAGCCCUGCCGACGCCCCGUGGCGCAUCGCCGGCCGUGUGGGGCCAGUCCCACGCCGCCGGGCCCAAAGGGCGUGUGCGACGCGUCGGUUCUCAGCGUCGACGAACUGCCGUUGCAGAUGCGCUCCGUCUCGUGGCUAUAUGGCUGGUCUGGCUCGUGUGGUUGCUGCUGAACCCCGCCAUGCCGUGGAUCGACGAAGCCUGUCUAUGGGCACAGGGCAUAUACCUGGUGACCCUGCAUAUGGCCAGGCAGGUCACCCAGCGAUGGCCAGGCACAUGGUCGAGACGACCCUCACAUACUCUGGCGGACGAACUUGAGGUCGAGACCAGCUUGCCUGUGGACCGCGACCGACCCACCGUGCCUGGAGCAAUGGUUACGCCCCAUGCGACGCCCCUCAGACCCCCGAGAGAGAGCGCCGCGAUUGUUUCGUCGGAACAUACCCCCGCACCGGCCGCUAUGCCGCCGGCAAGGCCCGCUACCUGCGAAGCAUCGGCCCCUGUUGUUCCACAGCCCGAGACACUCAAAGCGUCGCCGCCUGGUACGCACGCCCAUACACGGCCACGGCGCGACACGGGGCGGAAGGCUCUCCCUCAUCAGCAAGAUACCCAGAAUUCGCCACCUAUCCCGGCGUCCAUCGCCUCCGGCUCCCCAUCGGCCAAGCGGAAGCGCGCCUCACAAGAUGAGAGCAUUGCUCUUGCCCAUAUCGAGGCGAGAAUCCAGGCGCAGGGCGAGCCGGCUGCCAAGGUGCGGCGCCGAACGCCGACAUCGGCGGCACGAGCGUCAAAUCGGCGCGUGCCGUCGCAGACAUCGUUGCUUCCGCGUCCGCGUCGCGAGACGCCACGCGCCUCGCAGUCCAGCAGGUCCACGAUCCAGACACUCUGGCUGGACGAUGGGGCCCAUGAUGGCGCAAGCGGCCCACGCUACGGCUGCGGUACGCGCUCCGCGCUGACCAACCAGGUUCUGGUCCAGAGUAUGGGACGUCCAGACACACAAGCGUAUGUAUCUGCAGAGAACCUGCCAAACAUGCACAAGAUUGUGCUGCAGGCGCCAAAGAAUGUGAGCCUCACGGAGCUUGCAGCACAACUCGCAGCUGAAACGCACGACGAGAUGCCGCCGUACUACCUCUGGCAUGAGCAGCCGGAAAACAUUCCGACGUGCCUCGCCGUAGCGCCAAAUCGCAAGCCAGAGGUGCGCUUGGAGACUAACAACAGUGUCUUAAAGCCAUUCUGA